AUGGCCGGCUUCCACCUCUUCUCCCCACGGUCCUAUGGGGAGCUUGGGGAGCCCUCGCCCGGUAGAAAGCGGGAGUUCGCAGCACCCCUGGGCUGGCCUGAGCCAUCUGUGAGUUCCUGGGCCCGGACUCCCGGCGCUGAGACCGAGACCGAGACCCGGGUGCCCGGGACACACCAGAAAUAUUCGCCCACAGGGCGGCCCCGCCGGCGUGGGUAUAUCGCCUCUCCACGAGAAAGCCACAGUUUGACACACGUGGCCCGGAGACCCUCGGACCGCGCCAGGAAGCACAGGUCCGGCAGCCGGCGCCUGGAAGAAGCCUGCGGGGAGGCACCGACCAAGUCCGGCAGGACCUGGCAGCAGCGGCAGCAGCCGGAUCAGCCCUACUCGAGCUACGCUGAAGGCCCAGGAGAUUCGUCCCCGCCGUACCCGGGGGGAGCUUUCAGCCCCCCGAGUGUUGAGACUUUGCUUUUAGAAAAGACACACAACAGAGACCGGUGGGCAGUGCCGGUGUGCAGACCUGUAGAUCUCUGGUCCCCUUCCUCCAUUCUCACGGACAAGUCCUCCCCAGAGUUCGGGAAGCAACCCACUUGUAUGUGCACCCAGAAGAGGGGUAGUGAUGACCGGACUGAGUCCUUAGCCAACCAGUACCCCCAGCCCUCCGCCUCCUGCAAAGAGAGUAGCCAGCACGCUCAGGUCCUCAAGAGCAAGCUGGACGAAGCGAUGAUAUCCUCCAGGGACCAGAAGAUCUUGGCCCUGGUGCUGAGCCGGCUCAAGAAGGCCCAGAAGAUGCGAGAGCUGCAGCGUCAGGCAGCAGUGGCCUGGGAGGAGCUGAAGCGCUCAGACCAGAAAGUCCACCUGACCCUGGAGAGGGAGCGCAGGUUGCUGCUGCAGCAGAGCCAGGAGCAGUGGCAAGGACUGAAGGAACUGCACAAGCCACGGAGGGCUCAUGAGCAGCUUCACCAGGGCCGGGAGCAGCAGGGCCCCCGGCGUGACCAUCAGGCGAAGAGCACUGUCCAGUUGGAGAGCGAGAAUGGGUGGCGGGUGCAACCUGACAACCUGGAGAACCACCGAGGCCUGGACAAACUAGACAGGGUGGAAGCACAAGCCGAGCACCUCAAACAGUGUCAAGUGCAGCGUCUGCGGGAGCAGGAGAGGGUGCUGCAGAGUCUGCGGGACCUGAACAGGCUGCAGCUGCGGAAGAGACUGGAGGCGGCCUGUCAUAAGAGGCAGCAGCACCUGGGAGAGAGCCAGAAGAAGGUUCAGGAAAGCCACCUGAGCUCACUCGUCAACUUCCAGGCACGCAAGGUUCUCAUGGACUGCCAGGCCAAGGCGGAGGAACUCCUCAGGAAGCUGUCCCUGGAGCAGAGUUCCCAGUGUCCCCAGGACACCCAAGAAAGUCUGGCUAAGGAAAGGCACCGAGAGCAGCAGGGGAAGGCAAAAAGGGAGGCAGAGCAGCUCCAGAGAGUGAGGUGGCGUGCGGAGGAGGCAGAGGAGCAGCGUCAGGUGAGCAAGCGGAUCCUGGCCGAGCUGGCUGAGCACAAGAUCAGGCAAGCCAGGGGUCAUGCGCACAAAACCACCAUGGACAGGGCGCAGCACCUGGAGGAGCUGAACAUCCUGCGUGAAAAGAACCAUCAGAUCUUGAAGCUGAAAGCGGAGAAGGAGGAGAAGAGUCACAUUGAGGGCAUCAAGGAAGCCAUCAAGAAGAAGGGACAAAGGGUCCAGCAGAUGGCCAGAGGGAAAGACCCCAUCUUCCAGGAGUUCCAGAAGGUUUCCCCAGCCUCCAAGGCAGACCGCUGCUUUGACCACAUGGCAGCAGAGGCCCCGCUGCCCAUGCACCAGCAGAGUGGAAACUACUGA